AUUUUGAUUUUUGGCUAAAACCCUACCCUCCAUGCUCCCAUAACAGAGCUCCAUCUCUACUCUCCCAGCCCUACGAAAAUGUCAGCCUCAAAAUUCUUGCACUUCCUCCGUACACCGACGCCUCUCUCCCCGCUUCUCUUUCCCAAACCCUUCUCUCUUAAACCCCUACGGUUCCUCCGCUACAGUUCCUCCUCUGCGGUCGAGAAUCUCACCGCCGACGCCACAGAAACCCUGUGCGCCUCCCACCCGUGGCCCGAAUGGGUGACCUUCGUCGACCGCUUGAAGACCAAAGGUUACCUUAUCGAAUCCCCUCCCGAGGCGAACCAUGAGGGUGAUGCGGAGAGCGUUUACAAGGACAUGAACCUCGUCAAGGACGCUUGCUUCAGCUUCGCGCGUGACCGCUACGAUAUCUUCAGAUCAUUGUCUACAAAGGAUAUUCAAAUGGUUGUUGAGAGCGGAUGUCCUAAUCUUUUGCGGAAAGCUGUUAAUUCAGGAAAACGGUUGAGAGCCUAUGUGCUAUUGGAUGAAGGCAAUGUUUGUAGUACUUGCACUCUGCGGGGAUCCUGUGAUAGAGCUUAUGUGAUUUUAAAGGAAAAUGAUGCAGCUGCUCGUACUGUGGAUAUAGUGCGUAUACUGCUGUUUUAUGCACUAGAUCCACUUGUUAUUUCAGGAGGAGAAAAACCUCCUGGUAGAGAUAUAAUUGAAUCAUCUGCAAGAAAACUGUUUUCUGAGUUGGUUGCACUGAGUGAAACAUCCCCAGAUCCGGCACUUCCAAAGCCUGCUGUCAAAGGACCCAAGCGAAAGGAAGACUAUGUAAAAUUUGUGGAUGAUAAACUGUCUCAAGAUGUUGAAAUGAAGAGAGGGGAUUGGAUGUGUCCUAAAUGCAAUUUUAUGAACUUUUCUAGAAAUGUACAGUGCCGAAAAUGCAAUGAAGAUGGCCCUAAAGGAGUUGGUGCAGGUGAUGUUGAAAUGAAAAAAGGAGAUUGGACCUGUCCUGAAUGCAGUUUCAUGAAUUUUUCUAGAAAUAUACGUUGCCUAAAGUGCAAAGCUGAGGGGCCAAAGAGGGUUAGUGCAGAUGAGGCUGAAAUGAAAAAAGGAGAUUGGACCUGCCGACAGUGUGGGUUCAUGAACUUUGCUAGCAAUAAGAAGUGUUUGCGAUGCCCAGAGCCACGGCCUAAAAGAGAGCUAAAGCCAGGAGACUGGGAAUGCCUCUCAUGUGGUUUCCACAAUUACAGCAGGAACAUGGAAUGCCGGAAGUGUAACGGCGAACGCCCCAAAGAAACAGUAGCUUCCGAGUACAAGGAGCAGUUAUGGAGGCGGCCUCAAUAGUAGUUCUAUCAGACGGCCAAACGAAUUGGUUUGGGGUGCUUUGGCAUUCGCAGUAUCAGGUGUUAUCCAAAUAGAGAUCUACAUCAAGUGGAACUGUUUUCUCUCUUCAAAUUAUGCUCAUUAUGAUGUUUUCCUGGGCGUCCACAGCUACACGAUUUUGGCCCUGGAAAAUCAAUGGUAGGAAGGAUUUCAUGCUGCAAUUUCUUUUUCUUUUUCUUUUUUUUUUUUUUCUGUUUUUUUAGAGAGCAGGAUUUGGUGAUUGCUGUGUUACUGAGUAAUAUUGUAUAGCUUGCGAAUGGAAGUGGGCAUUGCAGCUGAAGUAUCUCGUUGCUUUCUUACCGUGAAGAAAUGUUCUAUUUUAGGGUUUCAGCUCACUAAACAUGGGAGAGCCAAUAUUCAUGAAUCAUAUGAUUUAAUGAAGCAUGACUGACUGAAUGGGAAUGGCUGGUUGGAUGUUAAAAGAAA